UAGGUUAUCCCUGGAAUUCUGUUUGCAAACAACGUUCGAGCAUCCUCGUGGAAUAAAGAAAAUUGCGCUCACGAUUUAUUGCAAACGUUUUUACUGUGCCAAACGUGCUUCACAACUGUAAAAAAUGUCGACAGUUGUGCGUGUCAAACGUAGGUUCGAUCACGAGCCUCUCGAUGCUCUUGUCAUCGCUGUGAAAAAACGAAAACUCGAAACCGGUGAAGCCACAAAGGUUAUAUCCGAGGAACCCUUGACUGAAGUUUUGAAAUUUGCCGGUACCGUCGAAAAUCCGGAAGACAAUGUCGUUGAACAUUUAAAAAAAACUUUAACCAAGGAAGAGCUCAAGGCCAAUUACAAACAGCGAACUAUCGACUUAGCUAGCAAAGCUCGUGCAAAAGCUAAAGAAGAAUCACGAGAGCAUCGUUACAAAGUUAUUAAUUAUUUUCGUUCGGCAGAUGCAGCGAGCUCUCAAGAUCAAAACGAUGGUGUCAUGACUGUCAUUGAUGUUGAACACUCAAAAUUAGAUGACGCUGAAAAAACACCUGUCCUUGACGAAACAGAGAUUGGCUAUGUCUACGAUUUGUAUUACACCCAAGCGAAAGAAACUUUUGAUUUGGAUGAUGACAUGACGAUUCAGCCGUUCGAGCAAGACCUCGUUUUCGAUUGUGAGGACACGUACAAUGUACGUCGAGAGAUGGAUGAUGAAUCAGAAGAUUCAAAUUCUGAGUCGAACUUCAGAAACGAUUACCCCGAUUCUGAGAAGUCGGAAAAUUCCAUAGGGGAAGAGGACAUGAGAGCAGCUAUACGAAAUAUAAAAAUCGGUGACGAAAGUUCCGAUCUUUCGAGCGAAGAUGAUUUUGUCUACGCCGCGGAUCAGGCGGACGUCGAAGCUUAUGGUUACAAAUAUGCAAAGUACAAGGCAAGAGUUAAAGAAGAACUCGAUCAAAGCGACAGCGACAAAAGUGAUUACGUUUACGCCAGGAGCUCUUGCGACGAGGACGAGGACGACGAUGAGCACAAACACGAAGAUGAAGAAAACUGAAAUUUCCAAUUACAUAAAUGAAUAUAUUUUUUUAAAAAUAA